AUGGCGGAAUCGACGAAUAUCAUCUUUGACGAUAGGUUCACCGUAGACACGGUAGACAAAGACGGCAAGAAGUUUGACCGCGUCUCCCGUAUAACCGCCACCUCCCACAACCACUCCAUGGCGCUCACCCUCGACCUCGCUGUCGAGCUCUACCCCUUGCUCUCUGGCGAGACUUUUACGCUUUCUCUUGCUAGGAGCUUGGAACCGGAAGAAGACGAGGAAGCUGAGGGAGAAGAAGAAGGGGGGGAGGUGAAGAAGAUCAAGAGAGAGUUGUGGAGGAGGGAGAGUCAGGGGUUGGGGGAUGAUUAUGACUAUGUCAUGUAUGGCAAGAUCUACAAGUUUGACGAUUCAGCUCAAGGCGAUGCUCAAACUACGGCGUACUUUUCUUUUGGCGGUCUGUUGAUGGCUCUGCGGGGUUCUUACCGCCAUCUCGCAAGCGUCGUUGUAGGAGAGAACGUAUACCUGCUUCUCCGAAAGUAG